AUGGCCUCGUGUUGCACGCCGGCGGUGAACAAGGAAAAGGGCCCAAUAAAGGGACAAGGGCCUCAUCGACGCUUGGUGUUUGGCAAAGCCGACAUUCCCGCUCAUGAUUCCCCGUGCUUUUCUUUACCGCUGUUUUUGUCAAGAUACUACAACCCCUUGCUUGGAGAACCCGGCAUCAAAGCCUCACCCGGAUACGGCAGCCAACAAGCAAAGGUGAUUUCCGUGGAGAAUGUUUGGGCAGCCAGUUUGGGCAACCAGGCACUUUCGCUGCUUACGGCCAGCCAGACAGCUUUCCUAAGAAUAUUCAUCAUUGGCGCAGGGGAAACUUGUCAUCGGUAUCGUCGCCGGCUGGCUUGUUAUUUCUUCCCCUUGUCUCCUUCCUUCCCGUCAGUUCAGCCCGAUGUCUCCAAGGACAGCAGAGGCGGCGGCGGCGGCGACGACAGCGAACGCGAUCAUUAUGACGGUCACUAG